GAUGGCACUAAUUUUUUUUCAAUAAUUCUUGUCAAGAGAAAUUCUAUUUAGCAUAAAUUGAUUCGUGUGAAUUGUCUUUCCGUUCUAAAUCCGAAUUAUGGAAGAGGAAGAAGUUCAAGAAGAAGAGGAAAAAGAUCAUAAAAAUUUUUUUAAAACUUCGUAUGGAAUGUUGAGAAUAGCUGAAUUAGUAUUUUCAAUUGGUGGACUUCUUGCAAUUGAAGAAUCUGUAACAUGCGGCAAGUUUUUUAGAACACAAUUCUUUAUGUCUGCAUGUAUAUCCGCUAUAGUGUUCACAGUAAUCUUCUUGACAUGUUUCUUCUUUAAAAUAAUAGAUUAUCUGUCAGAAUUUUUGAAUUUGGGAAUUGUGUUAUUUGUUAUUGAUCUGAUAUUUACCAUUAUGUUUGCAAUUUCAAGUUUUUAUAUUAUUUUCACCAUUAAAGAUUGCAAGGAAUUCAGAUUUGCCAGAAUUUCUGCAUCGUUUUUCGGCGUAUUCAAUUUAGCAUGUUUCUUUUCUACCACUUCGACUGAUUUUCGCUGGUUUUACUUAGCUGACGAACCUUACUAACGAAUAUAAUUUAUUAUCCAUAUUAAAGAUAAAUUCAUUUCUAUACAGAAUAUGUAUUGCUUCUAAGAAAGUAUUUCAAGUUAACAUUGUAUGCACGUUAAAUAUUUUAA